AUGGCUACAAUUAAUCAUUGUGUAGCAGAUAUUCAAGGGACACCGAAUGGUAAAAAGAGGGAAAAAUUCACAAUAAAUAGUAACUGCCGUGUAAAUAGUCCCAACUACCGCGCCGCCCUCGCCAACGCGCUGCUCUACUUCGAGGGCCAGCGCUCCGGCAAGCUGCCGCCGGACCAGCGCGUCCAGUGGCGCGGCGACUCCGCGCUCGCCGACGGCCGCGACCACGGCGUGGACCUCACCGGCGGCUACUACGACUCCGGCGACAACGUGAAGUUCGGCCUGCCGCUGGCGUUCACGGUGACGAUGCUGGCAUGGAGCGUGGUGGAGCACGAGCGGCCACUGGCGGCGGCGGGGGAGCUCCGGAACGCGCUGGCCGCCGUCCGCUGGGGCGCCGACUACCUGGCACGGGCGCACGCGGCCGACGAGACGCUGUACGUGCAGGUCGGCGACGGCGACUCGGACCACUCGUGCUGGCAGAGACCCGAGGACAUGGACACCCCGCGCACGUCCUACAGCGUCGACGCCUCCCGGCCCGGGUCCGACGUCGCCGGCGAGACGGCGGCCGCGCUCGCCGCCGCCUCCGUCGCGUUCCGCCAAUUCGACCCCGGCUUCAGCGCCAUGCUCCUCGGCCACGCCGAGCAGCUGUUCCGUUUCGCCAAGAUCCACCGUGGCCUCUACCAGAACAGCGUGCCGGAGGCUGCAAAAUUCUAUCCGAGCCGCGGCGAUGAGGACGAGUUGAUCUGGGCUGCAGUCUGGCUCUUCAUCGCCACCGGUGGUGAAGACUACAAGGCUUUCAUCGCCGGUGACGGCAACGUCGGCGGGGCGCAGACCUCGUUCUCAUGGGACAACAAGUUCGUCGGCGCACAAGCACUCGUCGCCAAGCUCAUCUUGGAAGGGAAGCUGCCCGACGCCGGCAACGCGGCGGCGAUGAAGAGGCACCUGGAGGAGUUCCUCUGCGGCGUGCUGGAGCACAACAGGCUGAGCCCCGGCGGCGUGCUGUGGCUGGAGUCGUGGAACAACCUGCAGUACGUGACCCCCGCGGCGUUCGUGGUCGCCGCGCACGCCGACCACCUGGCGUCGGCCGCCGCCGCCGCAGCCGCGCUCCGGUGCGGCGGCGCGGCGCAGCUGCUGGCGUUCGCGCGGUCCCAGGCGGACUACAUCCUGGGCGCCAACCCGGAGAGGAUGAGCUACAUGGUCGGGUACGGGACGAGGUUCCCGGAGCAGGUGCACCACCGCGGCGCGUCGGUGCCGUCCAUCAAGUCCAGCCCCGGCAAGGUCACCUGCAAGGGAGGGUUCGGCUACUUGAGCAGGGACGGGCCCAACCCCAACGUGCUCGUCGGCGCCAUCGUCGGAGGGCCCGAUGGCAGCGACCGGUACGACGAUUCCCGGCAGAAUUACCAGCAGACCGAGCCGUCCACCGUCACCGUCGCGCCCAUGGUCGGAGUGCUUGCCAGGCUUUCGCAACGGAACUGAGGAAGUGAGGAUGAGAUUUGACAUGGCUCUCCAUCUUUUUUUAGCAGGAGGUUGCUUGCGUUUAGAGGAUUAUUCGGUGACAAUGCUGAACAAUUAUGAUUUAUUACUCUCUUAGAAAUCUUGUAAAUUGACCACAAAUGAUAUCCAAUAAAAUCACU